UUGCCCAUUGCACUGAUAUCGGAAGCCGACUAACUGUAUGGCUCUCCACGCUACAGUAACAUGAUAUGUGUCCACAAGAUCCUACCAGUUUUGUUUCUUCAUGACUAAGCUUGAGCCGGGACCCACAUGCUGAUGUAAGCCCCAUGUACACUUCUAAAAGCCAAGAGCUGCCCCCACCACCAUUAGUGGAGCCUGACUCAAAAGCAGCUCCUUUAAAGCUUUUAAUUGACCAAAAUGCCCCUAUGUGGGCCACAGAAUGGCUUACCCCUUGCCCAUAAAUACCCCCCUCCUUCCUCUCUACACUUCCCUUUCCCCUUUUAAGCUCUCUACACCCCUAGAAGCGGUUUUCCGGCGCUGAUGUCAACAUUUCCUUCCGUUCUUUCCUCCGAAUCUUUAUUCUGGAACCCAUGUCCAUCUUUCGAAGGCGGUUUCACUCCUUGGGAUUCCCAUGACCGACCAUUUCUCUUUCCACCACAAGAAGAACCGGUCAUUGUUAACCAUCCACUACCUCAAGAACCGAUCAAUUCCAAUUCAAGUUCUGACAACCCAUUCCCCCUCACUCCAAAUUCUUGCUCCAAUGAAACGAACCGGAAUAGCUGUAAAACCAUGAGCUCCGGUUCAGAGGAGACUAUCCGUUUAGGUGAUAACGCGAUCAUAGAUGAGAAAAAGCUUAGACGCAUGCUAUCGAACAGGGAAUCGGCGCGACGGUCCCGAAUGCGUAAACAGAAUCAUUUGGAGACCUUGAGGAACCUCGCGGACCUGUUUAGUAUUGGGAACCGAAAACUGAAGAACCGAGUGCUUUUGAUGACAAAUCAGAACCAAUUCGUCCGGCGACAAAAUGAUCACCUCCGAUCGGAGGCGUCCAUGCUCAGGCAGAGAUUGUGGGAAAUACGUCAAGUAUUGCUUGUUCGGCAGCUUCAGCAGCACUUAAAUCCCUGCAUGGCCAUGCAAUAACACUACGUCCAUCAAUGAAGAACAAAUUCUGCCUCGAUCAUUAAAUAUAUAACAUUUAUAAUAAUAAUAAUAAUAAAAUAAAUAAGCCCGUUUCUUGAAAAACCUGCAUGCAUUCAUGAACCCUAGGAAAAUCUUCGUUUAGUGUCGGUCAGUGUAAAUUAAAUCUAGAAGAGGAAGAAAUUGGGUGAGGCUUUUUGGAACUGGAUGUCUUUUUCUUUUCUUUUCUUUUUUUUUUCCUGCGAGUUAGUAUUAUUUUGUACAGAGUUUCUUGACGUAUGACUUUAUUUAAUUAAUCAAAUGAUAUGUUAAUAUGUA